AUGGGCGGAACAUGUGCUGCACAGUGCCUGGAAGGAUUGUGGGGUCCGAACUGCAUGACCAAAUGCAACUGCAGCAGUGCGGAGAUUGUCUGCAGCAGGUUCAAUGGAGCCUGCCAGAAUGUGCAAAGUGAAGAGACAUCAGCACCUGCCUCUGGCAGCAACACGGUGGCCAUUGUGGUCCCGAUUGUUAUCGUUCUUGUCCUCAUCGGAGUGGUGGUGGUCUUUGUCAUUGUGCGCUCCACAAAGAAGAUUGAGAAGAAGAUGCCAGCUGGAAUGUACACCGCCGACGAGCAAGACAUUUCCUACGCUCCAUCAGAGGGCGGCUCCGCCACCUCACACGGCAUUUCUAACCCGACUUAUGCCGAUCCUCACGCAGGCCGAGUGAACGAGUAAGACCUGCUGGCGUGGAUAUCACCACCACCGCCGCCACUUCGCCAUCUAACACUACAUCUGCACGAUUCCCGUGCACACACACACCUUAUCUGGUGCCUUUUCUUUGCUUCUUCUCACCUAUGAUUUCAUUCUUCACGCACACUUGCACCCAUUGUCCCGGCUAACAGCCGAGGAAACGAUUGGCCUGCCCACAUGGUGGUCCGUUUGGCUGCAAAAGGUGCCAUUUUUUUUUAAUUUCAAUGAUGUCGCUCACCUCAUGCCGUACCAUCACAGGGCAAGAGUGAUGCCUCACCAUCAUCCUGUUACACAUAUUAAAUGCACUUGUCAGUUGCAUGAUUUGACCUGCACCACCAACCGGGGAAUCCCCCUUGAUCUGUUCUAGAUAUGCUAUACUUUCAUGCGCACACUGACGCGCAUUUUCACACUCCUUGUUGCGCAAAUGUUUGCCAAACUGCACAAAGCUUUUUCACGCUUUCUGUCAACAAAGCCCAGCUUUUUCCUCUAUGCAUGCAGCAAAAAAUCGGGCCCAAAAUUUACUUGCUUGCACUAUUCGUACUUGCAAUUUUCAAAUUUGGACUAAACGGAGAAUUCUUGACUGCCCUCUCCUGCUAA